AUGCGUGUGUCUAAUAUUAUCUCGCUCUCUACCAUUGGUGCUUCUGGUGUCCUAGCCCAGGAUAACGUUACCGGCCAACUAGGUGAUGCCGCCGUAACUACUGGUAACCCCAUCGGAAAAACAGCCGUUGCCACAUUACCGGAGCAGGCAUUCUGGAAAGGAAGCCUUAAUGGCAAUGUGAGGGGCUCCGUCGUAGCCAAGUCUGGUGCAAACGGCGAAGGUGUCGACUACGAAGUAUCGUUCUCGAACUUGCCUCAAGAGGGUGGACCGUUUAUCUACCACAUCCACGUCGCCCCUGUCCCAGAAGAUGGCAACUGUACCAGCACGCUCGCCCACCUUGACCAAUAUAUCCGAGGCGAAGACCCCGCUUGCGACUCGGCACGCCCGGCAUCGUGCCAACAGGGAGACCUAAGUGGGAAAUAUGGAAAGAUCCAAAGCUCAGAGCCGUUCACUGCUAAGUAUCACGACCCGUACACGUCCUUGAGCGAGGGUGUCGGUUCGUACUUCGGAAACCGAAGCCUUGUAUUCCACUUCGCAAACAAGACCCGUAUCUCUUGCGCAAACUUCUCCGUACUCGGCUCGAACACCACCGUACCCUACCCUACUGGCACGGGUAGCGUCACCAAGACAACGCCCGCACCCACUGCCUCGCCGAGCAUUCCCAUCACAAAUGCGGGCAGUGUGUUAGACGUCGUUAAGAACCUAGCCAUCGCCCCUGUCGUUGCAGGCUUCCUUGCUCUGCUAUAA